AUUUACUCGAAGGAGGAGAUAUUAUGUACAACGUCAGUAUUAUGUUGACAAAUACGCACUUCAGUUUGAACUUACCAAAACCUUUGGUUCCUGCUGUCAUAGAAGUUGGUGGAAUUCACGUUCAAGAUCCUAAACCAUUGCCAGAUGAUUUGAUGAAGUUCAUGAAUGAAUCACCAGACGGUGUCAUUUACAUGAGUCUGGGCUCUACCCUAAAGAGCCAUAGUUUGCCCAAAGAAAAGCGAGAUGCUUUUCUGAAAGCUUUUUCCCGUAUAAAACAGCGAGUAAUUCUGAAGUGGGAAGUGGAUAUUCCAGAGAAACCAAAUAACGUUAAAAUAUUGAGGUGGGCUCCCCAAAGAGAUAUUUUAGCUCAUCCUAACCUGAAAGGUUUCAUUUCCCAUGGAGGUCUUCUGGGUACCUUAGAAGCUGUUCAUUCCGGGGUACCCAUCAUGGCUGUUCCACAAUUUGGCGAUCAAUUCACAAAUGUGAAAGCUCUGGAAGCUGUAGGUGGUGGAUUCAUGUUUGAUUUUCAUCGAGCGACGGAAGAUAAUGUACUAGAAGCUUUGAAAAGACUCUUGAGCACAGAGUUGAAGAAUAGCGCAUCUGCACUAUCGGAAAGAUUCAAAGAUAGACCUUUGUCUCCAAUGGAUACAGCCGUAUAUUGGAUCGAAUAUGUAGCUAAAUAUAAAGGAGCUCCCCAUAUAAGAACUGCAGCGGUGGAUAUGCCAUUUUAUAAAUAUUUACUGUUUGAUGUGAUAGCGUUUUUAUUAGCCGUAGUAUUUGCUCUCUUUUAUGUAGUGUAUUUUAUGGCCAGAUUCGUAUUGAAAAGAAUUUUUAGAAAGGAAACAAAAGUAAAGAAGUCCUGAAGCGGUCAGUGCAAAGAUUUCAAUAGUGUGAUCGAAGUAGGAGAAAUAGUAGAAAAAAAGUUGAGAAUAGGUACAUAAAUAUACAUAACAACACAAUGACUCCAAAAAUCAAUCUAUCCCUUUCAAUUUACGUCUCUUGUCAUUUCGAAUUGUAGAAAUUUAUUAGCUUUCGGCAGUGCUUCGUAUAAAUAAAGUAACUGAGGGUUCUUACAUUUCUUUCAAUGAGCUCGACAACAAAAGUGUGAAAAUAUAUUCACCAAUGAGUUCGUAAUACUUAUAUAAAAUUUUAAUUUCAUCAUUUUCUAAUUCAUAUCCUAUAAAACUUCGCCAUUUACUGAAUGGCAGACUAUUAUGAUUUUCAACAAAAAUCGAUACAUCUAUGAUUUUCGUCGAUUACUAUCACAGUUAUCAUUUAGUUUUGUCUAUUACUGGAG